AUGAGUUACGGCUACGGCUACAACUAUUACCCUGGUAGUAGGACACAAAUUGAUUGGGGGCAUGUACAGUUCUCCGAUUUCUCAAAUGUCCAAUACUCCAGACCCGAAUUUUCAGAUGCGGAGGAUGAUCCUGGAAAGGAUGAAUAUGAAGGUGGAUACACACAACAAUCACUAAUGAGAGUGCCUACAGCACCUACACCAUCACAGCCACUUUCAAAGAAAGACAAGAAGAAGUUGAAAAAGCAAAAAGAGAAGGCCGCUGCAGAAGCUGCCUUUGUGCCACCUCCAGCACCAGACCCUCCAGCAGCUCCAACAGCCCCAGCUCCAGCGCCAACUCCAGCAGAUGAUGAAUCCCCAGCAGCCACAACGUCCGGCAAGAAGAAGAGCAAGAAGAGCAAGAAGAAGGAAAAGGAGUCCAAGUCUCUUCCAGUUCCUCCUCCUGUGCCAGUUCCCCCACCUCCAACUGUCGAGGAGAGCAAGGAGGCGGGGAAGGACACGGCCAAUAACGAAGACUCACCAGCUGUAGGACAAGAGGUUACCGAGACAGAGACAACAUCAGAAGAUAUGGCGUCGAAGAAGAACGAGGAGAAGGAGGAGGCACCCAAGGACACUGACGGCAAAGAAACACCCAAGGAACAAACAUCCCCUGAGGAGGCAUCCCAACGGGAGGACCCUCCUUCGACCGAAAUAUCAGCUGCUGAGGCUGAAGAGACACCCGUCAAAGAGGAAGCUCCAGCCCAAGAAGGCGCACUCAAGGACGAGGGAGAGGCGCCCCAUCCAGAAGGCCCCUCAGACGAUACGCCAAAUGAUGAACCGGCAAGCGAAGAAGGCAUUUCGAGUGAGAAGUCCGCAGUUGAUACCCCCGAGCCCAAAAACCCUGCGAUUGAUACACCAGGGGAUGAUGCUCCUACGGCAGGCGAAGUAUUAGUCAAAGAAGAUGCACAUACUCCAGAGGAAGCUUCCGAAGAGCCCGCACUAGCAGAGAAGGCUACAGAAGACUCGCCUGUAACGGAACCCCCCAAGGAAGAUUUUCUGGCGACUGAGGAAACGCCUUCCACAGAGGAGGCUCCUACCGGUGAAGAGUCUCCAGCUAAGGACCAAACUUCAGUUGAGCCAGAAACAUCCGGGACGUCGGAGAAGGAUGGCGAUGGUGAUGACAAGCUUACAGCUGCCGUCGAAAUAAAGCCUCUGAAUAAAAGUCAGAAGAAGAAGAAGAGAGAGAAGGAAAAGAAAGAGAAAGAGAGAGAGGAGAAGAAGAAGGCAGCUGCAAAAGCCGAAAAAUCUCAUCAUCACAAGUCCAGGCACUCACAUUCAUCGAAAGACGCGAACAAUUCCAAGGACGAUACGCCUGACUCACCAAAAACCACAGAGGAUGAACAAGGGAAGAAAAGCAGCACAGCUGAUCCGGCCGAGAAGAACAACGACGCUGAACUUGGAAUUGAUUCCAAACUUGCUGAUGAGACCCCCUCCUCCCUAGAACAGGUGGCACUGGUUCAAGGAGCGAAGUUCGGAGAGGAGCCUGAGCCUUCUGGGGAUGCGAAGACCGCAGAAGAGGUUGCACCAUCAGAAGAAGUGAAGCCUAAAGGUGAAGCUCCAGCGGAGGAUUCGAACCCUAAAGAAGAAACACAAGUCAGUGAGCCAACACCAAUAGAAGAAACCUCGACAGCAGAAGCGAAGUCUGCAGAAGAGGCCCCCCCCACGGAGGAAGUAAAACCUCGAGAUGAAGCUUCAGUGGAAGAUCCAAAACCAACAGAGGAGAUCUCAACAGAAGAAGCCAAGUCUGCAGAAGAAGCUCCUGUGGAAGAUCUAAAACCUAAAGAGGACACCUCAACAGAAGAGGUGACGGUUGCGGAAGAAGUCAAGUCUGCAGAGGAAGAAGUAAAUCUUGUAGUCGGAGGUUCAGACGAAGAACCAAAGCUCACGGAAGAGAUCCAAGCAGAAGAAGCGAACCCUGAGCAGAACUCAAAGCACACCGAUGAGAGCCCGACAGGAGAAAAAGUUGCGGAAUCCGAAAUAGAACAUGGACCUGCAGAAGACACACCCUCCUCUUCCGAAGAUCUGGCACCUGCUAAAGAAUCAACAACUGAAGGAGACUCAAAGCCUGAAGCAAGCGAAAUUCCAGCAGAGAACCAAGCCUUGCAACCCGAGGUUGAAGCCCAGCCUGCAAACGAGACAUCAUCUUCGCUUCCGCUUCCGCCCUCAGAUUCUGAGAUAAAUCGCACAGGGGAAGCUUCAGCCGAAGAGGAGGGACCAGAUCCAGGUCCUACUCCUGCGCUGCCUACGGAAGAGACUGCCCCUGAAGCUGCCAGCGCUGACGAGGAUGGUAAGCCUGUAGAAGCAGCUGAGACCUCUGGGACAAUGAACGAUUCUAGUGAACACAACGCUAUAGAGGGGAAUGAAGAUGCCACUUCCGUAGCAGCUUUGGAAUCCGAUGCUUCCGCUGGAGAUGAAGCUGUAGUUGCUGCAACGAAACCGACCGCCGAAUCAGAAGACGAUUUGAAACCAGGAGACACAAACCCUGUAGAAGCAGGAGUCGAUGCUGCAGUGAAAGAAACACCAGCUGGAGAUCCAGUAGCCCAAAUGGCGAGCGAGGCUGUUGCGGGUGAGAAGGACGAGUCUAUUCCCGAGGAAACACUAUCGCCGGAGAACGCUGGAGAUAACGAGGAGCCUGUCAAGUCAGAUGAAAUAGCGCCUGGCGACAAGGAAGGCACCGAUAUAACAACAGCUAUUGAUGUUGAUGAUAAGCCUGUUGAAACGGAAGUUCCAGUGGUUCCUGUUGAUACGGAGAAGUCCUCUGACGGAAAUGACUCGUCUCCUGAGACGGAAGUUGCCUUGCCGAAUGACAAGGAAACUCCAAUACCAGAAGACAAGCCUCGUGAAGAGGACCAAGUGACUGAUGCCAAACCAUCUGAAGUACUUGGGCUAGAAGCAGAAAUCACUCAGGAUGAACCGCCCAAGGAGGAAAUAUCCAAAGAAGAAGCCUCUAAGGCAACAAAGCCGACAGAAGAUGCAGCAGCUGUUGAAGACACAACUACCACGGCCGCGAAGAAGAAAAAGAAGAAGAAAGGCGGGAAGAGUGGCGUCGCAACACCCCAGCCGGAGCCGGAGCCGGAGCCUGCUGUUGAGUCUGCUGCCGCCAAAGCUGACUCCGUUGAAGCAGAAGUCGGAUCUUCGAAUGACCCUGUGACUGAGGAGGAUGUAAAUCCUGUGUCGUCUACAGAGCCUGGGUUCGACAGUGUUACUGAGCCUGAAACUGUCAGCAAAGCUGAAGUUGAAUCCCCCAUCCAACCUCAUGAAAUUCCUCCUGAGACCAAGACUGAACCCAAAGCCUCUCCAGAAGACUCACGUGAGCUUAUGGUUGCCGACGAUCAAGAGGCAAAUCAUGAAACUAUCGAGGCAGAAGGCAGCGGCGAAACCGAGAUUGUGAAGCCGGCGGAUUCUGGAGAGGAAACGGCCAAUGAGGCUGAGGCAACUGUCGUUGCAACCACAACAGAAUCUACAGGAAAGAGUGAGGAGGCUAUUGAUACGACCGAGAAAGCUGGAAGUGAUGUAGAAAACGGCUCCAUGAUCUUGCCUGAAGCUGAAGAUGCCUCUACAAAGGAGGAACCACAAAAAGCCGAGCUUGAUGCUGAGCCCACAAAAGACGCACCUACAGACGAUCCCAGCAAUAGAGAACUCGACGGUUCAGACACAGAGAGCAAGAAUAGUAAACCGACCGAAACCAGCUCGAUUGAUGAUGAAUCGAAGCCUGAAACUGUGCCUAUUGCCGAAACCACGCCAGCCGAAGCUUCUCAAGACGAAAACUCUGACAAACCUGAGAGCGGUGAGCCAGUUGCUGUUGAUCUCACGACGGGCCGAGCUGAAGUGACACCAGAAAACGGAAGCUCCAGUGAUGAUAUUCCGGAUAGGAAAUUGGAUCCAGCUGAGUCCAAGGCUAGCGAGAUUGGGGAGACCCAGGAAGAGUCAUCGAAGCCACGGGAAGAAGGGCACGAACAACCUGAUGCUACUACAGAAGAUCCAGAAGAUCCAGAAGAGGCUGCAGAACCCGCAUCAACUGUCAGUCCUGAUACGAAUGCCGUAGUAAAGGACGUUGAGCCUGAAGAUGCAGUUACGGAGGCGAAGGGCGACAGCUCGGCGGAAAAGAGCGAGCCUGAAGCUGCGUCUAAGGAAGCAGACAACAGUGCUAAUCUUCCCGAAGUGACAACGCAGCCACCUGAGGAUGGCAUGGAUACGAAAAGUGACUUGAUUGCCGAACCCGUUGUGCAAGAGCCAGCACCAGUCGAAAUGGACAAGCCAGUGGUGACUGAAGGAGAAGUUAUUGAACCCCUACCCACAGAGCCGGAGGAUGAAUCUCCUGUUCUAGACACCUCUACCAAGGAAGCCGAUGAACCGGACACUCCCACUGGUGAUGCGACUGAACCACUGUCAGAAGAGAAACCAACAGAUGAUACUGAAAAGGAAUCGUCCGAUGUAGUCGCUGAGAAAGCGCCAAAGACAGCGGAUGAAACGAUUGAAGUGCCUGAGGUCAAUGCAGAAACUCUAGGAGAAAAGUCAGAAGAGCUGAGUCCCCAAGAGGGAAAUACUUCUGAGGCUGCUUCAGAUAGACCUCCCGAAUUAGAGACGCCCAACGAAACCGACGCCAAGGGAGAUCCCGAGGAAAAUCACAAGGAUCCUAGCGCUCCUAGCAUGUCCGAUUUUGAUGAGGCGAAGGCUGAAGUCAACAUUGAGGACGGCGAAACCCGGAGCCUUGAGGCAGAGAUUACUCCAAAGGAAGAUGUCGACGAAGUCACACAAGAGAUAUCCACAAGUGGUACUGAAGCUACUAAAGAGGCGGAGGGCAUCAGCGAAAGUAUACCCAACGAAAACGAAAACGAGACUCGAAUACCAGCAACCCCAGCAGAAGACGACACGACAUCAGUCGAAAACACUUCGAUCUCCAAGGAAGAGCCAUCAGCAUCUGAAAACCCGGUUCCUGAAGAGAAGACCGACCCGGUUGAAGAGAUAUCAAGUACAAACGAGAAGGUGGAGAAUGAAUCAACGCCCUCCGUCGGCAACCCAGACCAAGAUGAAUUUGCCUCGAACGACAAAGAACAGGAUGUGCUACAACCUUCACAACAUGCAGUUGAUGAUACCAGUGUCUCCGGGAACGAUCCUAAGGAGGUCACAGUUGCAGCUGGUGAGACAGGAACAACAGAUGAGACUGUGCCAAAUCGACUAGAAGAAGGAGAAGACAGGACCUCUGAAGAAACACCAGCUGUAGAAACACUUGCAAACGGCAACGGAACAGAGGGGGCCUCUGAAGCUUCUGACAAGAAGGAAGCGGAAGCGGAAGCAGGAACAGAAACAGAAACAGGGCAUGAGGCGCUUGAGCCGGUCGGAGUGGAGAACAACGCAACAAUUGAGGGAGAACAGCCUGUGGAGGCAACUGAAGCUGCUGUUGGUCAUAAUGACAAGGACAACUCCUCAGAUACUGCAGCCGAUCUACCGAAUGAGGCACCUGACGAUAAGCCGGUGGAACCAGCGAUGGAUGCAGUUACUCAAAUCUCUGAAGAGGAACCAGGAGUAAGCGCCCCGGAGGCUGAAGACGGAACCAAGGAGGAAACCAAUCAUGCUGGGGAUGUGUCAGCUGUAGACACCCUUACUGCUGACGACAAACCAGUGGAAGCUGCCGAAGCAAUCGACAAUGAAAUUUUAGACGACAAGUCAGAAGAAAAAGCUGACCUCUCGGAUACCAAGUUGGCCGCAGAAGUAUCUACUGGUGACGAACCCAAGGAAGAAGAGCCCCCUAAGGAGAUGCCAGCGGAGGAGCCUACUGCCGUUGUUGAAUCUCGAGAAGCCGAGCCAGUUACAGAAUCUUCUUCCCGGGAGAGUAAGGCAGAGGCGGAAGCAGGGACGGAGGGUGAGAUCAAGCCAGCCGAGGAGAAAGCAGUACCUGAAGAUCAACGGGCCGAGGAGGCCCUGGCAGCUCCUGACGAGCCAGAGAAAGUCUCUGAAACCGCUGACAGCAAACCAGAGGAAGAGGCCACGCCUGUCGAGGACAAGCAACUUGAAGACCCCUCAGCCCUUGAAGAAAAGCCUGACCAAGAUGGCAAAACAGCAGAAGAACAUCCCGCAGCCGCAGCCGCAAAUGCGCAGGAAGACACCAACCAGAUUACCGACGGCGGAACUGUCGAAGAGCCUCCCAAGCCAGAGGAUACAGCUGCGCCAGAGGCGAUAACGGCCCAAGAACAAAUACCUGCAGCAACCGGGGAUGCAGUUUCAAGUGAUAGCAAGCCAGCUGACGACUCCAAGGUCUCUCAGGAUGAGAUGCAACCGGAAACACAAGAGCCUCUUGCACUAGAGGAGGAAGCUAGGGCUGCUGAAGAAGUGACUCCGGAAACCGAAGACGUCACGGUCAAAUCACCAGACGAGCCUAUUGAUGAGCCUCCUGCCGAAGCAGAGAAGAAGGGACAACAGCCAGUCAAGGACACAGACGAGGUAGAGGCCAAGGCUAAGGAAGAUGAAGAAAGCAAAGACACCCUUGGACCAAUUCCAAGUAACAAGAGACAGGCUAAAAAAGGUGAGGAACAUGGUUCAUUACACGAUACCCCUAUUGAUUUUGCACAACACUUGGGAAUUUUCACAGAGUUGAAUGAAGAGGGGGGCAAUGGCGUUUUGGAUUUUGAUUCAGACGAUAUCCAGCACCAUCAAGGGAUUCCACACAGCGAGGAAAAUACAGCACUCGAAACAGUCGCUCACCACCCCGGCCAGCUACUGGUAGCUGUAGCACCGGGCGACCAGAAUGACCAAACUCUUGCAGAAACCACGAUGCCAGGGCCACAAGAGCCUAGCUCGGGCGAAAAAAGGAGCAAUGCAGCAGCGGAAGAUAACUCCACACCCCUAGAAUCGAAGGCCGAGAUUCUAGAUGAUGUCCAAGAGAAGUCGAUCUCAGGACAUGGAUAUGUGCCUCAACCAGGUCUGACGUCUCUGUCUAUGCCUAUUGACCUGGACGCUACCGAUGAUACCGGUCUGGCCGCGAGUUCCCCAGCCACCGAAGCCCAUGACAGCACUAAAAUCUCCGCACCAUAUGCUCCACACGAACAGGGUCAUUCAGACCAAUCACAGAGCGCCGUACAGGGAUUUGCUACUGAAGGACCUGUAAAUAUCAGCCUCCAUGACCCAGUUUCGAUUGCCGAGCCCCAGCCUCAGCAGUCUGGGACUGAGAGCGAGACGCAUGUCGACGAACCACACCCAAAGCCAGCCCAGGACGUUCAUGAUGAAAAUGAGAAAUCUAGGAGAAUGGAAACAGACCUGCCAUCCGUAGUUGCACGCAGCACAUCUUCAACCCCGGCAGCUUCGGUAAUCUUUGAUGAGGAUUCAGAAACUCCUGUGCCAUUACUCACCGCCGCCGAUGAACCUCUCGAUGCUCAAGACCUUGCCAGCCUCGUCGAAGCAGAAAGCGAUAAAUCAUCGCCGGGGCUGCUACAAUCAGUCCCUACGCCAGAACCACCCUCUCAUGCGCCCAAAAUUCUGGAAACUGACUUUGACAACGUGUUGCAAACGUCACGAGAGUUGACCCAAGACACGGCUAUGCGGCGUGCGGAGCCAGGAGAGCAAGAGGAAGAAGAAUCAGAUGUUUCAGAGGCUGAAUCAGUGGGCGGCGAUGUUUCGAAUUUGGAGGAACAAAUUCAAAAACUUGCAACUCCAAGUCACGUCCAAGAAUUAGAGCCAUCAGAGCUAACCAAGCCCACCGAAGCUCAAGAAAAUGCCAUAAUCUUGGGCGAUGCCACACAGCCCAGCAAACGUGGCCUGACGGAAGAUACAGCCAUUGGAGAGCUUGAAGAUUCUGAUUCUAUCUCACGCGCCAGUUCACCAGAUGAAGUUAUUGGUUUCGAGUUCGGACCUGGAGAUCGGCCAUCUGCUUCCACGGACGCUCAGCCUGUUGAUAUUUCUCAGAGAGCCAUAGCUUCAGACGAAGAUUCAGAUGAUGAAGGCAGUAACCUCGAUGAACGGAGUGUUGCUUUCAGACCCAAAUCAAUCGACCAGGCGAUCUCGCUAGAUUGUCACCAUGAUCGACAAGUUCAGGCUGAGCCGGUUUCUCCCGGGCUAGAUGUGUCGGCUGCUGCUUUGCACUCGGAAUCAAUCAAAUUGGAAGACGCUGCCAAAGAGACCAGUGAUCUUGACGACUCCGGUUCCGAGGAUGACUCAGAUGAUGAUGAUUCUCAAGCCAGCCGUAAAUCGGAACCUCAGUCAGCAACUGUUAUUAGUUUGCCGGGUGAAUCCGUUCGGGAACUGAACGAGUCCGCUAUCGAAAGACAGCCAAUUCCACCAGUUUUGGUUUCAUCCAAUCUCAUCGGGGAUGAUGUCUCUGAUUCUGACGAAAAUGAUCCCGAACCAGAGCACGACUCACCGAGCUUGAGGGCCCAUGGUCCCAGAGAGGACCUACUUGUGGGAACACAUGCGCUUGCUCUUGGUGAUGAUGACGAGGGCGAGGACACGAAUGAUGAUGACGAGUCUGAUGUAGACCAAACUCAUAUCGUCCAUAAAGUCAACUCGCCAGAACUGGAACCAAACUCUGUGUUGCAAACCACUGGUGCUCGACGUGGCUCGCCUUUUAAUGAUGAUGAACCAUCCGAGCCGCUUGAACCUACAGAUCUAAACCUUGCAGUCGUUGAUGAGCAGCCCAAAGCCUGUCCAGAUCGCGCAAUAGACCAAUCUGAGGAGCUGGACCCUUCUGAUUCUACUUCAUCACUAUCGACGGCUACAGAUAUUAAAAAAAGAGUGGUUUCUUCUGCUCAGCACAGCUCUCCACACCAUGGUCUUCCGCACCCGGAACCUGAGACCGCCAUUCCAGAGCUAGCUAUUACUGCCCAAAGUGAGGCAUCGUCUGGAGCCAAAUCAUCUGUCAAUCUCUCCACGUCCUCUUCACCUGGGUCUGUGGAUGAGGAGCAGCUCGAUAGUACCGCACUCCCGCAUAGACCGCUUGAACACUCUGAUGCGGACAGCGAAUCCGAGGUAGAAGGGACAGAGAACGAAGCCAAAACUGAACCACCGUCCUUACCACAGAUAGUGUCCAGCAAAGACGAUUCCCAUUUUGCUACUGGUGAUGAACAGAAACACCGCGGAAUAUCUACUGCUGUUGUAUCUGCCAUCCAGCCAAACCACGGCUAUCUUGACUCCGAGAAGAUGUUAGAGACUCCUACUACAGCCCCAAAUCGUGGGCUUCAGGAUAAGCACGAAUCCUUGGGAAGAGUGUUGGGUGUCGAGCUGCCAGCCGCUUCUGACAAUGAACUUCAAAUCGAAAGUAGAUCUGUCACCAGUUCCAAAGAUGACGAAAUAGAUCGACAGGCGACUGCGACAGCUGCCACUGAUGACGAGAGUGACGAUGACCUACCUGUCUCUAGAGGAAUCUCCCCCAUUGGCAUCGACAGAAUCUCUGCACCGCACCAGCCUGAAGCAGAAACAAAUCAAGACAAGAAUGCUAGAGUGGAUGGCACUGAUAUUGAAGUAAUGCCGCCACAAGAGACCGGAACUAUCGGGACUCGAAGCACCACUCCUGAAAUUCCUGAGUGGCCUGAUGAUAAACUUGAGGGCGAUCGACCAGUGCACGGUACUGAGUCUCAGAGGCGGCCGGCUCUCAGUUAUGCAACUUCAUCAGGGGCAAGGAGGGCAGUUGAAGAUGAAUUCAGGGCUUUGAGCGAGAGAAGUCAAGAUGAAGAGCCAAACCAUGACCAUACGAUAUUCGCUGGUCUUCGAGACCAACGUUUGCCAUCAGCGGAGGGCCCCAAUCAAGACUUGUCUGACCACAUGUUGCACGAAGUCAAGACUCCUGAUACGGAUGACACUCAAGGUUCUGAGCCAAAGCCCGUGCAAGCCGCCGAGGUGAAGCCUCUCGAACUCGUCCGACCUGAACACAUGGCUGUCAAGGUUGUUGAUAUCCCUUCGCGUGAUAAAGGCAAAGCAGUUGCUACUAUACCAGAGAGUCCAAAGAGGUCUAGCUCUACUUCACGAUCGACGCGUCUGUCCCGCACGGAGCCGCCUCGGACAUUCCUGACACAACAGCAGCGGCCACGAAGAUCGCUUAGGGUUCGUCCCGUGACAGAAGUUUACACCAAGGAUCCCAUCUUCAUCCCUGCCGCGAGCCGCCCAGUAGACACCAAGCCUAUUCAGCGGUCUCAGCCUCCUCUUGCUGAAAGCGAGCCGGCCAAGGUGCCAGUUCGUCUACCGCCAGCGCAUCGAUCCUUGGAGUUGCACGGCGAUCCUUCAACGAUGGCAGUCACGAUUGAAGAGGGGCUUCGAGAUGCUGCAUAUCCAGCUGCCCCCUCAGCUGGCUCCACUGUUGAGACUGAAGUCCAGAGAUCGUCGAGUCCUGGCAUCGUGAUUCCAGAUGCAGAUAUGAUUGAUCUACAGCGAGCCCGUACCUUAAGGCGUACACGAAAGACCUCAAUUCGACGUGCUGAGGAUACGCUGGCCGCCGCUGUGGUCAUAUAUGCAACUGCAGAGGCCCUCAGUCCUCCCGGCAGCCCCUCGCCUUUCACUUACCACAGAAAUGGAGGACUUCCUAACCUGGAGCAUCAAAUGGAUGCAGAGCCCAAUGAUUACAAUUUUCCAGCUGUUUCUCCUUCUUUGAGGAGCUUUGAUGAUGAUAUCGAAGAACUUCACAAGUCUAAUGCUGACUUGUUUGCAGACGAUAGGAGCAGAGAAUCUGACUCGUCGCGAAGCGAUAGAGACAGAGAUAGACAUCGCAGGCGCCGGCAUUCUCAUCACUCGAAUCGCUCAGGCGGAAGCCGUGGUGAGGAGGAUAGGGAGCGCAGAUACCGUGGCGACGACGAGAGGCGAGCUCAUCGACCUCGAGAGGAAGACGAGGGCCGCCAUCGCCGACUGUCUCACCGCGAAGGCGAGUCUCGAUAUCGACGCCAUCGUGAAGAAGAUGAAACGCAAGCUCGCGACUCACGUGGUGAGGCUGAUGCUAGACCCAGGAGCUCUCGCGGUCCCGAAGAGCCAAGAACCAGAGGUUAUCGCCGAGACGAGGACUCACGGCCACGUGAAUCUCGGAGAGCCGAAGAACCAGCUUCACGUGCCCCGCCCCAGGAGGAUGAGGGCCGAGAGCGCAGACGACGAUCAUCUGGUACUCAUCCUUAUCGACGCCAUCGAUCCGAUACGGUCGAAUCGGGUCCUCCAGGCACCCCACCUAGAACACCACGACGAGACAGUGGUUUUUCUGCCGACAAUAGUUCUGGAAGCUCUGGCCGCAAACGUCGGACCCCUGAGGAACAAGCUGCCCACGACAAACGCAAAGCAGAAAGGGCAGAACGGCGAGCACGAGAGGAAGCUAGCACAAGGCGUGAACCUUCAGGAUAUCGAGAGGAAAAGGAGAGCAAGGGUAAAGAGCCUGUUCGUGAACAAGAACCAAAACCAGAACCAGAACCAGAACCAGAGCCUCAGCCGUUGCAUGAGCCUGAGCCGGAUCGACGACAUCGCCGCUCGCGCCGGCAUAGCCAUUCCGAGAGACCUCGAUAUGAAGAGCCUAGGGAACGUCCUCGAGAGGAACCCAUCCCGCCCGCUCCCGUGCCUGAAAAGAAGUUCUUUGCCGUCAAGAACUCGGAGGGUAUCCUGGGCAGUACCACACCGCCACGUGAGGAGCCUGUGAUCGCCGAACCUGUCAGGGAUCGAACGAGGGAGGCCCCGCUGGAGGACUCACCUAAACGGCCCUCGGCACGUCAUAGGCGCACUCGCCCUUCUACCGAUGAACCCCGUCCUCGGUCCUCGCGCCGCCCUCGUGAGGAACCUACCCCUGAGCCAACUCGAGACAGGGACAGGGAACGGGAGAGAAACGGGGAGAAGAGUAAGACGAGAGAUAGGGACAGAGACAGAGAACAGGAGCCUCGACCUGUCAAGCACGUCAGGAUGGACACCGAGGACUCUCGACGCAAAGCACGCCACGAAGAACGACGGAGAGCGCAGAUGAGGGAGGAAGAUAAGAAGCCAUCGGGCAUCAAAGGUGCAUUCAAGAAGCUGUUUAGCAAGUCUUGA